AUGGCUGCUUCUAGUACUCUUUUUAGCAUUGGCAAAACAGUUCUGGAGAAACUGGGUCCUCUUGUGCAGCAAGAGGCGGCUUUGAUGUGGAACCUGCAAGGUGAACUCGAGAAGAUGAAUGGCACCCUGACCGCCAUUCAGGCACUUCUACUUGAUGCAGAGGAGCAGCAAGAACAUAGCCGUCAGGUCAAAGACUGGCUCCAGAAGCUGGAGCUCUUGUUCCUAGAUGCGGAGGAUCUACUUGAUGAUGUUGCUACUGAAGCUCUGCGGGAGGAAGCAGCUGCGAGGGAUCGAGAUGACUCCAGCAGGUGCUGGACUGUGGUACGCUUCCUUUUCUCCAUCCCGGGUCGGGUGAUUUACGGUCUUAAAAUGGCUCAUAAAGUCAAGAGUCUUAGGGAGCAGUUGGAUGAUAUACAUGAUGAUAACACCAAAUUGCAUCUGAAUCCUCGUUUCGAGGAGAGAGGCAAAAUGGUGAAGCAUGCCCUCACCAUUUCUUCCAUCCCUGACAUAGUUGUUGGGAGAGAAGAUGACCUGAAUCAUAUUAAGCAACUUCUUCUAUUGGCCGAUAAUGGCCCUAGGAUCUCGGUGGUUUCUAUAUUUGGCAUUGGAGGGAUGGGGAAAACCACACUUGCUCAGCUCAUUUACAAUGAUAGGCAAGUUAAGGAGCAUUUUAAGUUGAGGAUAUGGGCUUGUGUGUCUGGGUUAUUUGAGCUCAGAGUGAUUACCACAAAGAUUCUUGAAUCAGCUACAAAGGAGAAGAUACCAGAUCUUGAGCCUGAAGCACUAACCAAUCUCCUUGGGGGGUUCAUUGGUGGCAAAAAAUUCUUUCUUGUGCUUGAUGAUGUGUGGGACUUUAAUCCCGAGGAGUGGGAUAUGCUCAGAUCUGUGCUCAAGAGCGGUGCCAGUGGGAGCAAGAUCUUAGUCACCACACGGUUCGAGAACUUUGCAAAGAUUAUGAGUCGUGGUUCUCCAGAUCCACCGUAUGCUUUGAGCGGCCUAUCCUCGCCACAAUCAUGGUCAUUGUUUAGGCAGGUCAUGUCUGGUGGUGGUAACCACCAAUUAGCUGUCGAGGAACCACUUAACAUAUCUAAUGUGGAGGAGGUUAAAGAACAAAUCAUGAAAAAAGGCUGUUUCGCCUUGACACACAUGCCGGUGGGGUUGGGUGAACUAACUCGUCUUGAAGUAUUGGCAUAUUUUGUGGUGGGAAAGGAGGAUAGUUUCACUUCUAAGCAGACAGUAGGUGGGUUGGAUGAGCUACAUAGGCUAGACAAAUUAAGAGCCCGGCUCGAAAUUGCGAAUCUUGGAGCCCUUCAAAGCAGAGCGGGGGUAUUGUCGCCGUCACCAUUACUCGCAUUUGAGCUUGGUGCGGCUGCUAAUUUGAUGGGGAAGCCCCAUCUUGAAACUCUGAUACUAGGGUGGGGUCUUGAUAAUGGUGAAUGGGAAGAGAUUGGGCGGGAAGAAGUUUUGACGGGAUCAGAAGAAGAUGCUGAAUGGGAUGAGAGCUUACUAGAAGGCCUCCAACCGAGCUCCUGUCUGAAAUCGUUGGAGGUGAUUCAGUACAAAGGAGGGAAAUGUCCAAGUUGGAUUUCUUGUCUCACUAACCUGGUCACUCUUUCAUUGUAUUGGUGCAAAGUGCGCCAUGGUUUGCACCAGUUGCAAGAAUUGCCGGUCCUUCGAAAGCUUACUAUUGUGAGGCUCCUUGAACUAGAGUUCAUGGAUGAAGAUGAAGAUGAAGAGGAAGACGGUGAGAGAUGCUGGGUGCUGGCCAAAGAAGGUACAAAACACAAGAAGACAUCCAAGCCAUUCUUCCCUUCCCUCCAGAAACUUGGAUUGCAUAAUUGCCCCAAACUAAAGGGAUGGCGCAGGAGGAAGCUGCCCCAAUUUCCUAAACUUUCUAAACUGUCCUUAAUGUUGUGCCCUCUGCUGACGAUGAUGCCAUUAUUUCCAACACUCGAAAAGGGUCUACAAUUGGUUGGAACUAGCCUAGAACCGCUACUGUGCACAAUGAACGUCCCAUCGUCUUCGGUAGGAAACACAAGCUGUUCUUCUUCAUUUUCAAGUGAAGUGGACUUGAUGCAGUACCCUUUGUCCAAACUGAAGAAACUGCAAAUCUAUGGCGUCGAUGACCCUCCAAGAGACUGGCUGCGAGGGAUGCAACACCUCACUUCCCUGCAAGAGCUUAGAAUUGGAAUUUUUUCAGGGCUGGAGGAGACUUUGAAUUGGUGCUACAUCUCGCACGUUCCGGAAAUCACACUUGAUCGCAUCUAUAUAAAUAGAGACGGCCAGUUUCUCUGGGAUGUGCUUGGUUGGGACAACUUCCAUCUGAUACUACAGGACCAAGGUUCAAGGACUGGUGUAGCAGUGAGCUAUUGCAUGUUGAUGCUGAAUGGCUUCCUGCUGUUGCCCAGGAUACAAACCUCUGUUCAGGCUUCUUCUCAUGGGGUGAAAGUUGAAGCAUUGUUUUACGAGAUGGGGAGACAACAAAAUUCUCCAGGAAUAGAGACCCUGCAUGGUCUGGCUAAGGCUAUUGUGAAACCAUGGGAACAAAGAGUCAUGGCAAAGAUAACUAUCAACGUAGCGUGGAAAAAUACCCAAAAUGAUAGGAUGACUGACAAACUGAAGUGAUUAACUCUCUAGAAACCAGGACAUUAUUGUAUUUUACAGGGGUAAUGACUUUUUGCUACCUGUGGUUAUGGAGACACUGAAGGAGAUUCAGGAACUAAGUUACCUCCAGCAUGUUCAAGAUGGGUCGGUCAGGCAAAUGGCCUCCAUCAAACAUCGCAAGCAAAACAUAAUUGUGCAUGUAAUCUCAUAUAGGCAAAUGGUGAACUGAAGAAGCCUUUGUAUAAAGUACAGGAGCAUCGGCAAGCAAAACAACUCCCAACUGAUGUGGAAACAAUAUCGAAUGUUCAUAGAUUCUUGUUUGGACAGAUUGGCUUGAGAAUGAAACCAUGUCCCCCUCUAGGAAGGCGAGAGGUUAUGAUUGUAUCAUAGAGAACAAGCACUUGCAUUGGAAAUACCACUAGCAAGUGAGAUAAUUUUGGCUGGCAAAAACUCUGCAAAAUCAAACAUAUUGCAAUUUCUUUGCAAGCUGCAAGUGGGGGAGUCCUAGUAGCUAUGGGGAGAAAUGCUAAGGCUGUGUGAUUAUAGCUUAUCAUGGGAAGAAUUAUAAAUGCCGUCUUGGUGUGAAGCCUAAAAAUUUGAUGUCCAGGAGACAAGCACUGGCUAGGUCCGUUGAACUUCAGAGAGGAGAGGCACUGAAGCACCAUGCUAUAGAUUUGCAAGAGAGAACUGAACUGGUCAAGUCUGAAUUGAUAUGGUUGCUGUGAGGCUCAUGAGUUUGCAUAAGGUGAAGACUUGGCAUAUUUGGUCUCUUCAGGUGGCCUCUCGCUCACCAGAUAACUAGUAAUUCCUUCACAAUCCAUUCAAAACUCAGGAAAUGUAAAUAGCCUAUUAGCUUUUACAUUCAAUUCAUCUUGUCUUUGUAGUUUUAGGCUAGCUUGACCCCGGGGUUCAGCUCCGACCUAUAUGUUUAACUUUAUACAUGCUUCGACUCUGGUGUGACUUGUGACUGAAAAUCUUUCUGAGCAUCUGUGGAAAAGAGAUUUCUCUCUGAGAGAGUCCAGCUUCAACACAGGACUCCUCAUAGAAUCACCUAGCUCAAGCCUUUCGAAAUAAACAACAAAUAUCAUUCGACUCACUGUGAGGUGAUCCAGUUUCCUUGUGUGAUAUAGCCCUGCUCCUUGAUGUGCUGCACACCCUUUUAAGCUCCCGUAGUGAGCAACAGAACCUACUAUCGUUCUAAAUUCCAUAGGCUGGAUUUCUUGCUUAAUGCUGAUAAACAGUUUCCUGUAAAGAGCCGUCACUUAUUCUGAUGUUGCUCUAUCUGCUGAAGUCUUAAGAUAUGCAGGUUUCCAAAACAGAGAGCUCCUCGUCUAAGAUUUGCUUGUACAGCCAAUAUCCUAGUCAGAAAAAUGAGUUCCCCACCUGUUGCUUGUUUCGUGAUGUUCUUACUUCUUACCAAGACUUGUUUAUCUUUGAUGAUGGAGAAGAGGACUAUCCUUUAUCAUGUGCGGCCAGUGGCAGAGCAUGUUGGUAGCAGAACAGGAUUAAACUCGAUACAACCAGGUGCUUGAUUUUGGAGUUUCCUCGUUUCCAUCUGUGCUUCCGAGUAUGGCAGCCAAAGAAAACAACGUAAAGCACGACUACUUGGAGACUCGGAGUGGAGAUCGUGGAGCCUGAUAUCGUGUGAAUGCCUCAUCUAGAUCGACAGUGAUAACGCCUCAACCAUGUCGAGAGUGAUUCGUGGCUGUACAUAGAACAGAAUGAUUUUUACUAUAAAUUCUGUUUUAAGCUUGUUUGAUGACUAGGCUUUAGAACAAAUUGCAGAUGUACAGAAUGUUGUUGUGCUGCUGUGUGUCAACACUUGCAAUUGGGUCCAACAUUCAUGCAGUACUCUUCAUUCACUUAGACAGAACCCUUGGUUUUUGCUUUUGUUAGUAAAUUGUAUAUGGUCCAUAAUUAAACAUCGUGGUAUCAGCGUCUUCUGCAAGCGAGAGGUAUUUUGUUCGAA